GAGGCCAGGAGAGCGAGGGCCAGGAGCGGAAGAGAACAAGUCUGCGAGCGAGAGCAAGAGCAAAGAGCACGAGCAGGCGGCAGAGGUGACGAGGAUGGAGGUGGUGCAGAGCCUCCUCGAUUCCAACCCGUACUUCUCGGCGGGAGCCGGGCUGGCGGGCAUCGGAGUGGCACUGACCAUGCUGCGGCGAGGGCUUAAUGUGGCGACACUUGUGGCCCAGCGGAAGCUCCUGGUGACGCUCGAGGUGACGUCCAAGGACAAGGCCUAUCCCUGGGUCCUCGCCUGGCUCAACGCAGAGGGCCGGGCCACCCAGCACGUCUCGGUGGAGACCAUCAUCCGGCAGAAGACCAACGGCUCGACAUCGACCGAGUAUCUGUACCAGCCACGGCCCGGACGGCACUUUUUCUUCCAUGAGGGCCGGCCGUUUAUGGUGGAGCGAACGCGCGAGAAGCAGAUGAUCGACAUGACGUCGGGCGCGCCGUGGGAGACGGUGACCAUCACCACGCCGGGCAUGUCGCAGCAAGACAUGUCGGUCUUCAACGACUUUCUGCGCAACGCCCAGAGCCUGGCCUCCAAGCGCGACGACGACAAGACCAUCAUCUACACCGCAUGGGGCACCGAGUGGCGGCCGUUUGGCCAUCCGCGCCGCAAGCGCCCACUGGACUCGGUCAUCCUAGACACCGACAAGGGCGAGUCGCUGGUGGGUGACGUCACCGAGUUCCUCCAGUCCUCGCAGUGGUACAUCGAGCGCGGCAUCCCUUACCGGCGCGGAUAUCUGCUUCACGGUCCGCCGGGCUGCGGCAAGUCGUCGUUUAUCACCGCGCUCGCCGGCGAGCUCGACUACGGCAUCUGCAUCCUCAACCUCAACGACCGCGGCAUGACCGACGACCGGCUCGCCUACGCGCUCUCCGAGGUCCCGCAACAGUGCAUUGUGCUCCUUGAGGACAUCGACGCGGCGUUCCCGGACCCGACUGCGUCGCGGAGGAUGGAGACCGACUCGUACCUCACCUUCUCGGGCCUGCUCAACACCCUGGACGGCGUGGCGUCGUCGGAGGACCGCCUCCUGUUCAUGACCACCAACCACCUGGACCGGCUGGAUCCAGCGCUCAUCCGCCCGGGUCGCGUCGACUACAUCGAGUACAUCGGCCACGCAACGACGCCGCAGGCCCGCAAGCUCUUCACCACCUUUUAUCCCGAGGCCAGCACUGCCGUGGCCGACGCGUGGGCCGACGCCACCGGCGAGGGGCGGUAUUCGGUUGCCACGCUGCAGGGCGUGCUGAUGCGGUACAAGGACGAGCCGACGCGGCUGGUGAGCGAGCUGGAGUCCGCACUCCCGCCGCCGCAAGUGCUCGCGGUCCCGGCGCUGCCGUCGAUGCAGAGCUUGACCGAGCCGGCGCCAGGCGAACUGUGA